UAGUUUCUGGAACCCAACUUAUUUGGUGACCGGUGCCGUGACAUCCAGCUUAUUGCUUCGCCGAGUGUCGAUCCGAGUGGUUGUCCGGUAGUUUGGUUGUGGAGUUCCUCUCCGGGGUUUUGCGUUGGUCGCCGUCGCGAGUGUCCUUUUUCUGUGUGUGGGAUCUCUCUGGUUGAUCCUUAAUCAGUGUUACGGAAGGACUGUUCCUAACUCAGGGUGUGUUGCUGGUCAAAGUUCCAAGUGAAGAAGUGAAUAUCUGUGUUAAAAGCGACCUCCAAGGACUUAGUUGCUGGUUAGCUGCUUUUGGUGCAGGUCUGCAGCUUCGAGGAGUUCCACCGACGAGAGAUCUACGGCCUUCAAAAUGCCUCGGGGCAAUGCCGGUCUCGAGUACAUCAUGAAGCUAGGCUACACGCUAGUCAUUGUGACGGUCAUGAUCAUGAUCUGGGCCUCGCUGUCCGGUGCCCGAGAAAUCGACGUUUCUCAGCAUCCUCCGUGCGCUUUCAACGCCCUCUGCACAUGCUCCAAAAGUGCCCCCGAUCUGGGCGUGGUCGAGUGCAGACGGGUACACUUUCCGGCCAUUCCCAAGGUCAUCAAUAACUCAAAGCUGUUCAUGCUCCGGAUGGACGACACCGGGCUGAGGGAGGUCGAUCCGUACUUCUUCCAGGCGACGGGGCUGUACAAACUGGACAUUUCCAACAAUCCGGUCACGGAGAUUCCGGAUGAGGCGUUCUACGGGCUGGAACGAUCGCUUUGGGAACUGGUCCUCGAGAACAACCAGCUGAUCGAGAUUCCGUCGCGAGCGAUCCAGAACCUCAAGAAACUUCGGAUGCUCGACCUGCGAGGCAACGACAUAACCCGCAUCGAGGUUGGAGCGUUCCGUGGCCUUGACAAGUCCCUCCAAUCGCUGAUCCUCGCAGACAACUCAAUCACCCAACUCUUGCCCGGAUCCGUGACCGGCCUCCCCAAUCUUGACAGCAUCGACCUCAGCGGAAACAAUCUCGUCGAAGUGGACCCGUCCGCGUUCAAAGACGGCCUCGGCAAACUCUCCAAGGUCUUCCUCGCCAACAACCUCCUGAAAAACAUCCCCUAUUCUGCGCUCCAACCACUACGCCUCCUCCGCGUCCUCGAUCUCUCCCACAACCUCAUCCGGAACUUUACCCCCGACGAUGACGAAAACGGCAAGGUCAGCUACAAGCUCACGCUGGACGUGCUCCAGCUGCAGUACAACGCGAUCGAAACCAUCCCGUCGGUCUCGUUCGGAUACUUCGACACCAUCAACUCGACCUUCCUGGACGGCAACCCGAUCAACCACAUCGAGGACAACGCCUUCCGGCAGGCCAAGAUCCGCGAGCUGUACAUCCGGCACUGCGGGCUCGACUUUAUCUCGCCGGAAGCGUUCGGCGGGCUGGAAAGCUCGCUGCAGAUUCUGGACCUCUCGGGGAACAACUUGACGCACCUGGCGGACAAUCUGUUCAAAGGAUUUGACUAUCUGCGAUUCCUCAACCUGAAGGACAACAUCAUCAAACAGCUCGACCAGCGCCAGGCGUCCCCCUUCGCCGGCCUGAACCUGUUCAAGCUGGACACCACCGGCCAUCAAAAUCAACCUUUCACCCUGCGCGAACUGUCCACCAUGAAGAACCUUCGCUCGCUGACCACAUCCCACCUGCCCUCGCUGGCCCUCGGUCCGGAAGACUUUGCCGGCUUCAGUCCGGAGCUGGAGGAGCUAAAAAUGACCCGAGCCGGGCUGAAAUCGCUCAAAAAUCGUGCCUUCACAAACAUCCGCGGCUUGAAGCGACUAGAUUUGAGCGAGAACCGCAUCGAUAGCAUCGAAGCGAACGCAUUUACAGAAAUUGGUCACUCGCUGGUGUCACUGCGGAUGUCCCACGGGCUGGGCGCCCAAAUCCUGUCCAUUCCGCACGAAUCGUUCCGGCACCUGACGGCGCUGGAAGCGCUGGAUCUGUCCAACAAUAAGCUCAAAACGCUCACCGACAGCAGCUUUCACUUUAUGAAGAACCUGGUCAGUGUGGAGCUGCACGACAACCAGAUCGACUCGCUGGCCAAGGGCACCUUCCAGUCGGACAUUCACACCAACCUGGCGGUCAUCUCGCUUCGGUACAACGCACUCAAGCUGGUUCAGUCGCACUCGUUCGUGGAUCUGGAGGAGCUGAACGCGAUCUACCUGGACGACAACAAGCUGGAGUCGAUCGAGAAGCGGGCCUUUAUGAAUCUGGACAACCUGAAGAUGCUGAAUCUGAGGGGGAACCGGCUGGGUAGGAUUGCGGUGGAAGCGUUCCAGAACCUUCCCGAGUUGGAAAAACUGGAUUUGGCGUACAACCAGCUGCCCACCUUCGACUUUGAUUACUUUGAUCAGGUCGGUUCGCUAACCUCGCUAGAAGUCGACGUCAGCCAUAACCAGAUUAAAUCGCUGGGCGAACCUCCCGUCCGACCGGACGCCAACGAGUCGUCCCCGAUGUCGCUCCAUGCCAACGGAAACGGGCGUGACCACGUGAUUUCGCACACCAACAUUAAAUCGUUGGACCUGUCAGCGAAUAACAUAACCAAGAUCGUUGGCGGGUACUUUAAGCCGGUGGAACUUUCGCUGAUGAAGCUGGCGCUGGCGGGAAAUCGGUUGACGAACAUCAGCCGGGAAGUGUUUGGAAAUAUGCCCCACUUGCAGUGGUUGGACUUGGAGAAAAAUGCGAUUAGUGAGGUUGAUUUCGAUAGCUUCAAGUUGACGAGGAAGUUGCAGGUACUGAAGCUGUCGAAUAACCUCAUUUCGGAUAUUCCGACGGAGUUGUUCCGGAAUGUGAAGGGACUGCGCGUGCUGGAAAUGGCGCACAACAAUUUGAAGUACCUUCCGGACAGUUUGAUCGUGGAGGAGGGAUUGGAGCGGUUGGAUCUGUCUCAUAAUCAGUUUACCAAGAUUCCUGUCACCUCGCUGUCCAAUUUGGCCGCGUUGGCGCUGUGCGAGCUGGAUUUGAGCCACAAUCACAUCGGAGCGAUCCACAGCAUCGAUUUGUCGAACAAGUUUAGGUCCCUCUCAGUGCUCGACCUAUCUCACAAUCGCCUGGUACGUUUAGAAGACGCCGCAUUCGCCACACUCCCGCGCCUAUCGUUACUGGAUCUGUCCCACAACGACGAGCUGGAAGUCAUGGGUAAAGCCUUCAUCGGACUGGAAAACAGCCUAAUUGAACUUCGCCUGGCCAACGUUUCGCUCAGCACUGUUCCAGAACUCUCGAAUCCGUCGCUUCGUGUGCUCAAGAUUUCGCACAACGAUCUUCCGUCAAUUCCACCGGAGCUAGCCGCCAACAUGUCCUCGCUGCGCGAGCUGGACCUCUCCGAGAACGAUUUGACCCAUGUGCCGCUCAUCACGCACUCGUUGCCGAACUUGAAGUCUCUUUCACUGUCUGGAAACCCGAUCUCGACGAUGACAAACACGAGUCUGCUCGGCGCCGCCGAUACCCUGGAGCACCUGGAUAUAGCAAAUAUCAACCUGAACGGAAUUGAGGUAAACGGCAUCCUGAACAAACUGCAUUUCCUGCGGACGCUGCGUAUCUCGACGUAUCCGAACGUGCAACACUUCAACAUUCCGAAGAUCUUGGAAAACGCCGACAACCUGCGGGAACUGUGGAUCGAAGCGCCGAAGCCACCGUCGCAGGAACGAUCUGACAAUGCCUCAAAGACUCCGAAACCCGUUUCUGUUCCGUCCAGCGAUCUGCGCCGUGAAAUGGAAGGAAUGCUACCCCGCAAGCUCAAAAGCCUAACCUUCGGUGGUUCCGGCUUCAACCGGCUGGCAGAUAACGUCCUCAAGGGACUGCAGUCGUCCAGCGUGCAGGUUUCGUUCCACAACACCUCGCUCGCAAACUUCCCCAGCAACUUUUUCAAAAACAUCGGCAAAACCGUGCGGAACAUCUCGCUGGAUCUGGAGUACAACAACCAGCUGCUCAAGUCGGUACCCAAUCCGAACUCGGCCCACUAUCUGCACCUGCCGGAGCACGUGUUUUUGACGGAUCUGAAGAUUUCCGGAAACUCGCUGGCUUGCGAUUGUGAAAUUGGCUGGGUCGAGUUCUGGCAGCGAAAGCGACGCCAGUACAUGUGCCCCGCCCAGCCGUGGGUUGAGAACGGCAGCUUCAACAGCUACUUCAAGCAGCACGCGUCCGCGCUGCUGUCCCACGCCAACACCGAAGACUGCGAGGACUCGGCGGACAACCUGCGCGAGACGAGCUGCGCGAACAAGCGGGACGAGAACCUGCUGGACGUGCUGAAGCGGGACCUCGAGUGCGGUUGGGGUAGUGCCGCACCCCGGCUCGGUGUCGUGCCGGCGAUCGCGUUCGUGUCUGUCUUCGUGGUGCUUCUGAUCUGACUUAUCCGGUACCUGUUCCGAAUGUACAGCGAGUUCUACGACUACCUCGAGCAGCUGUACAGCGAUCGGGGCGUGGCGAAUGGGGUGGCAGCGGCUACCACAUAUGUGGACGAUACGUGUAAUUUCGGCAGCGAGUUUGACGAGAUCGAGCUGGAUGAGCUGUGAGAUGGUGGAUGAUUUUUUUGUUUGCUUGCGAUUUUCAGUUUUUGACGCCUGUGUUUGUUUUAUCUGCGUGUUUGUCUUUUAUUUUGCAUUGAUUGUUGAGCUUUAACUUAAGACUACAUAAAUUGUUCAGUUUGUUUAGGGUUAUGACUUUGUUAAGGAUAUUUUCGAACGAGCUGUUUCAACAUUUUUUGUGAAUUCAUUGUGCCAAACCAAACGUUUUUAGAAAUAAAUGACCGAUAAAAAGA